CUUCAUCAUGCCUGCUGCUGUGAUUAUGGAGGAAAACUUUGAUAAACUAUUGGAGCAGUGUGAAGCACAAGAGCUCGAGGCUCCAGGGGGCAUUGCAACUCCUCAAGUCUACGCUCAGUUGCUGUCGCUUUAUUUACUUCAUAAUGACAUGUGAGUCUUCAGGAGGUGACAGUUUCCUCUCUUUCUCUACAGGGAAGAGCAGCCUUCAUGUUUUUUUUUUUGUUUUAUGGAUAAGGAAUAAUGCCAGGUAUCUCUGGAAACGGGCUCCCCAAGCAAUAAAAUCGGCAAACCCUGAAUUAACAGCUAUUUGGGCGGUCGGCCAACGCAUUUGGCAGCGGGACUUUCCAGGGAUCUACACAGCCAUCGCAGCUUACCAGUGGUCAGAGAAUAUCCUUCCGGUCAUGGAGGCGCUUCGAGAGAGCACGCGGCAAAGGGCGUACAGUCUGGUGGCCCAGGCAUACACUUCCAUCCAAGCAGAAGACUUCGCUGCUUUUGUUGGAUACUCUGUGGAAGAGGCAGUAAAAGGUGUGGUGAGCCAGGGCUGGCAGGCAGACCCCGCCACCAGGAUGGUGAUGCCCAAAAAGCCAGAUCCUCCCCCUGUCUCAUUGGUUCCAAAUGAGCAGCAGUUGGCCAGACUCACUGACUACGUGGCUUUCCUCGAGAACUGAUAACCCACCACAACCCCGCUGCCACCCUUUUUUCGCUCGCCUGGUACAGAGGGAGAGAUCACAAGUUUUGGACAGACUCUUCCUCCUUCCUGCAAAGACCCACACCCAGAUAGACGUACCAAAAACACACCAAUCAUCUUGCAUGAAAGGCUGCAAGCUCUUCUCCAACACCUGCCUAUUUAUGUUCAACAACGAAUAUAGCUUCCCCUGUUAAUUCCCACAGUGAACACCUUUCAGACACAAUGUUGUAUUAUAUAUUUUUUUUGUUCUCUUGCUCUCUGCAACCCAGCUGAUGUAUAAAUGUGGAUCUAAUUUUGAAGGAGGUAUUACAGGAUAUAUGUUUCCCAUCACUGUCAGUAUGUUUUUAUCGCUAACCUAACAAACCCCUUCCCUCACAGUAGAGAUACAUGAACUAGUAUGCACAGUACGUCCACUCAAAGGUUGUCUGGAAACAAAUUUUUGUCAGGUAACAGAAGUCUUGGCAUGCAUGCAUCAACGUGUGGAUUUCAGACCUCAUAUUUUGCAGUUUAUGUUUUGACUGGUGAAUAAAUAUUUAGCUGUUUCUAA